AUGGAGUCUUUAGCAUACAGUUUUUCUAUUGCCAACAGGAAUAACCCAAAACAUGGCGGAAAGAAAAAUCGCUACGCUAAGUAUCAAAACCAGAAAACAUUUGGAAUUGAACUCUUGAAAGAUUCUAGAAACAACCACCGAACAGCUAUGGCUGAAAGAGUUAGAUUUUACCACUUCACUCAGCCUCCAGUGCAGAAUUUUCAGAGAUCGUCUGGUGGCUUAAUUCAUGCUUUUGAGGUUCUCCAACUGCGAGGUCUGGAAAGGAUUAAUCCAAUUUGUGGCUUUUUGGAGGAGGUGGUGGUGGAGGGCGUGGAGGAUCAAAUGUGGAGCCUGGUGAUAGGUCAGGUGGAUUUGGAGGUGGGUUCUGUGAACGGUAGCUUGGUAUUUAGGUGGAGAGACUGGUGGUGGGCGGGGGCGGUGGUGAUAGUGGGGAAGAGGGUGGUGGGAGUUGAAGAGUGA